CAUCAGCACCUACCUUCCACCGCUACUGACACUCUCCGUCGCUAACGCUCAGACAUGUCCACACCCGCCAAGCGCCGUCUGAUUCGAGACUUCAAGCGUCUGUCUACGGACCCGCCCGGAGGAAUCAGUGGAGCACCAUGCCCCGACAAUCUCAUGGUGUGGAAUGCAGUCAUCUUUGGCCCUGCCGACACUCCCUUUGAAGAUGGGACAUUCAAACUCUUAAUGACAUUUGACGAAUCUUAUCCGAAUAAACCGCCCACGGUCAAGUUCCUCUCGAGGAUGUUCCACCCAAACGUCUAUGCCUCGGGGGAGUUAUGUCUGGACAUUCUACAAAACAGGUGGUCCCCCACCUACGACGUCUCUGCCAUUCUCACAUCAGUGCAGUCUCUGCUCAAUGACCCCAACUCGGCCAGUCCAGCCAAUGUGGAGGCAGCAUCCCUCUGGAAGGAGAAUCGUAGAGAAUACGUAAAGAGGGUCAAGAAGACGGUAGAGGAGAGUUGGAUGGACGAUGGAGAGGAGAUGAAGCUAGAAGAGAUGGACGAGGACGAUGAGGGAGAUGGAGAGGAGGGAGGUGGUGGUGGCGCAGCACCUGCGACAACAUCAUAGGCGCAUACGCCGACAUCCGUACGUCCCAGAUCGAAGGACUGCCAAGUCUUUGAGCUAUAUGCCCUCUUGGCCUACUGCACCUCGCACCACCAGCUGUGGUGGUGAAUGUUCUCAUACGCUGUCCUCACUCUUCAACCGAUCCCUUUGGUCUACGACCUUCAUCAUCUGUGCCUCCUGUCUCUUCACUUCUUUGUAAUAACACCAUCUUCGAUUCAUGGCUCUUUCUCCAAUCUAGACGUUGCUCCAGGAGGGA